CUUCCGUACUUACAUGAGUAACCGUCACUGAUAAAUGACCGCCCCCUUCGCAGCAAUGAUCGUUAGCCCUCAGUCUCAGCUUACCCAUUCAGGACUAUAAAUGUACGGCUUGUAAGCCACAAUACAACAUGACGGUGAACGAGGAAGGAGAGAUCAUUCAUGAGCUGUACGCUCGCAAGGUUGUGCGAGUUAGCGAGGACCGUGUCGUCAAGUCUGGGCCACUCUUUGCACAUGAAGCAGACAAUCUCAAGUUUGUCGCUGCCAAUACGAACAUACCGGUGCCGAAAGUACACGAUGUCCAGUGGGAAGAUGGAAAAGUGAAGGCAAUCACCAUGGACUAUAUGCCAGGCAAAAGACUCGAUCAAGCUUGGGAUGGCAUGAAUUCCGACCAAAAGCUCUCUGUCGCCCAAGAGCUCCGUGAUUAUGUCUCACAAAUUCGAGCCUUCAAGGGCGACUACAUUGGAGGAGCCAAUCAUGGGAAAGCCAUCAUCGGUAACAGGGCCUUUGUCGAUGGUGGUCCUUUUGAGUCCGAAAAGCUCUUCAACGACUUCAUUCUGGCAGAUGUCAUCCCACAGAUACCACAACUCUUAAAAGAUUAUGCGAAGGAUGCCGUCAAAGAUGGCCACAACAUCGUCUUUACCCAUGGGGACCUGGCUCCUAGGAAUAUCCUGGUCGAUGAUGAAGGGCAUGUAACUGCUAUCCUGGACUGGGAACUUGGUGGUUGGUAUCCAGAGCAUUGGGAAUACAUCAAAGGCCAUGCUCAUUUGCGUCCAAUGCGAGACUGGCCCGAUUAUCUAGCUCUAAUACUCCCGCCUAAAUACAAGACAGAAUACAUAGGCAUGUCCUUCUUGGCUCGCAUCUCUAGGUCGUGAUGAAGAGUUUGCUACCAUUCCUAGAUGUCCUA